AACAUGGCGACAGACUGGAGUGGACAGGGGCACAUUAUAACUUUAAUCGUUUUUCUUUGGAGCGCCGUUGGUGGACGUACAGAGACAGCAAGUGUAAUCGGGACCCAAGUCCUGGGCAUGCGGCUGGAGAGGAGCGAUAAACCAGCCACGACAACACAAGAAGGAGUCAUUCAGGUAACAGAGGAGAGCACUGUCCAGCUCAGGUUUUAUGGGGUACAGUUCAACUCGGACUCCUCGUCAGAGAUAAGGUUCAUUGAACACGGGGAAGAGGAGGAUGGGGAUUAUUUUAUCAACGGAAAUGCUAACAGGACUUGUACAGAUUUCACCAAAGAUUUCACCGUUAGUAGCUUCAUGAAUGUCAGCGCGCGAGGGACAUCAGGGAUGGUCAGCAUCCACAUCAAACCGCUUCGCAAGACCGAAAGCCAGAAAGAUUACAGUCUCUGCGUGAGGGAUGGCCCGGGUGACAAGUGGAUCCAGUUGGCAGACACCGAUGGCAGAGUUCGGGUGGUCGAGGAGAAGCAGCCCUUUAUACCUUUCUGGUUGCAAGGAAUUAUGGUGUCCGUUCUUUUAGUACUGUCCGGUUUGUUCAGUGGGCUUAAUCUGGGUCUGAUGGCACUUGAUCCCAUGGAACUUCGUAUCGUCCAAAGUUGUGGCACAGAAAAGGAAAGGAGGGAUGCACGCAAAAUCGAGCCCAUCCGGAGGAAAGGAAACUACUUGCUGUGUUCACUUUUGCUCGGCAACGUGCUUGUCAACACCACCUUGACCAUUAUGAUGGACGAACUGAUCGGGUCAGGGCUAGGGGCAGUGAUCGCCUCCACUGUUGGCAUCGUGAUUUUCGGGGAAAUCAUCCCCCAGGCUCUCUGCUCCCGUCACGGUUUAGCAGUCGGUGCUAACACGGUAGUGUUGACCAAAUUCUUUAUGCUGCUCACAUUCCCGUUAUCUUUCCCCAUCAGCAAACUGUUAGACUGCGUCUUGGGACAGGAGAUGGGCAACGUGUACAACCGGGAGAAACUCGUGGAGAUGCUGAAAGUCACCGAGCCCUACAACGACCUGGUGAAAGAGGAGCUCAACAUGAUCCAGGGGGCUCUUGAGCUGAGGACCAAGACGGUGGAGGACGUCAUGACCCCGAUCAGCAACUGUUUCAUGAUCCAGGCCGACACCAUACUGGACUUCAACGCCAUGUCGGACAUCAUGGAGAGCGGAUACACGCGCAUCCCCGUCUACGAGGACGAGCGCUCCAACAUUGUUGACAUUCUGUAUGUCAAGGACUUGGCCUUCGUCGACCCAGACGACUGCACCACCCUCAAAACUGUCACCAAGUUCUACAACCACCCGGUCCACUUUGUGUUCCAUGACACCAAACUGGAUGCCAUGCUGGAGGAGUUUAAAAAAGGGAAGUCCCACCUAGCCAUCGUGCAGAAGGUGAACAACGAGGGGGAGGGCGACCCCUUCUAUGAGGUGCUGGGGCUGGUCACCCUGGAGGACGUCAUUGAGGAGAUCAUCAAGUCCGAGAUCCUGGAUGAGUCCGACCUCUACACGGAUAACCGUAACAGGAAGAAGGUCCACCCCAACAAGAGUAAGCGGGACUACUCAGCCUUUAAGGACGAGAGCGAGUCCAAGGUCAAGAUCUCCCCACAGCUGAUGCUGGCCGCGCACCGCUUCCUGGCCACAGAGGUGACUCUCUUCAGUCCACUGCAGAUCUCUGACAAGGUUCUCCUGCGCAUCCUCAAGUAUCCGGACGUCAUCCAGGAAGUGAAGUUUGACGAGUCGGACAAGCGCGCCCCUCAGCACUUCCUGUACCUGCGCGGCCGACCCGUAGACUUCUUCAUCCUCAUCCUGCAGGGCCGGGUGGAGGUGGAGGCGGGUCAUGAGAACAUGAAGUUUGAGACGGGGCCCUUCUCCUACUAUGGAGUCAUGGGUCUCACCGCGCCCGCUCUAGAGUUCCGCAGCCCGUCUCACCUGAGUGGCCUGAACCGCUCUGCCUCUCUGAGCUGUACGGAGCGCGUGGACUCCCUGUCUGUCAGUGGCAGCACCCAGCAGCUCAACAGCUCCAUCUCCCCACAGUACAUCCCUGACUUCAGCGUACGCAUCCUCACAGACGUGCAGUUCGUCAAGGUGACCCGUGCCCAGUACCAGAACGGCCUGCUGGCCUCCAAGCUGGACAGCACGCCCCAGUCGCCCGAGACCGCCCCUCGUGCCCUGGACCCGCCGCCCCUGGGCCACCGCUACUCCCAGCCCUUGGCGCCUCCCCCCACGCCCCCCACCUCCAAGAGCACCGCCUCCCACUCCCACAGCUCCGUCUCCCCUUCCUCCUGCUCCACCGCCACCACCAUGGUCAACACCAACACCUCCUCCAUGCAGCACAUCAAGACCUGCAGCUCCACCUCCUCCACCAGCGCCACCACCACCACCACCAACAACAGCAGCAGCAGUAAACCCAACAGCACCGUCAUUACCAUGACGACUGGUAGCGGAGUAGGAGGAGGAGGAAACCAGAACUCCAACCAGAGCCAGGGUUCCGGUCCCGGCCCAGUCUCGGGUUUGGGUCACAAGGGGAUAGUGAGCCGACGCCACAGUCACGGGCCGCCGGGCAGCGGGCACAGUCCUCAUACGCCUCCCCUGCCGCACCCGCUCUGCCACCUGCACACACACGCCCACACUGAGAGCACCAUCUGA